AUGAAGCUCACCUCAGGUUUGGCGCUUGUUGCCGCAACCUUCCGGCUUGCCUUGGCCUCUGAGCCAACCUUUGAGACUCUUGUUUCCAGGGAGAUCAACCUUCUCCAACGGACCGAGUACGACAUCUGCCAGGCAGACUGCAGUCUAGCCGGCGUUUCAUUCCCUGACAAGAACACUCUUCAGCUACCACUUGAGGACUACUACUCUGAGAGAUGUCCUGAGAUUUUCCUUGGCAAUUACGACAAUCCCAAGGGGAAAUCGACAGUCUGUCUUGAUUUUGCUGGACCGUAUCUGACCUUCACCUUCAACCCAUUUCCCGGCCACACCACCACAUCUGCCCAGGUCACCUGGGGACUCAAGGGCAACCCUCUCUACCCAGCUGGAUACAAACCACCACCACCCACAAGAGCUGUUCACUGUACACCAGGGCAGGAUGGCACGUUCCUGUGCAAGGUUCCUUUCAACGAGAUUAUUAAUGCUUCCAGCCAUGCCGAGAUCAAACACCUUCUUGAGGGAAUGUGCCCCAACGGCGACGAAGCGGGCCUCACCCUCUAUCUCCAAUUCGCCGGAAGCGUUAUUGUACCUGAUUCACACGAACCGAUUCAUUUCCAACAACAGUUCCCCUGCAAGCCCGGCGGUCGCAACAAACACGGCAUAUGCACCUCCUACGACUGUGACUAUGACUAUUUUGAGAUCACCUACCGUUGCAGCAAGUGCCUAGUUGCCCCUUGCCAUGCAACAUGCGAUACGACACCUGCUUACGGCUAUCAGAGCCCUCGAAACUCCCAUGAUCUCAACACACAGAAGGGCACAGAUUGCAAGAGCAGCUGGGGUUGGUAUGAGACGCCCAGUAUUCACGACCUCAGAAGGGGCAUACACGGCCAUCUCUACAUCCAAGAAAAGGGCAAGUACUACGAGAGGAUUGGCAGCUGGGCUGCUACCAUCAACGCCCUGAAGAAGCUGGACGUCAAGCUCAAGAUUACACCUGGCCUGAAGUACGUCAUUGAAAAGGUCAACAUCAACCUCUCCUGCCUCCCCAUCACGACCUGCAAUUCGGAUUCUUUCACGUACACCAAGGAUGUGCUCGGAGGCCUUCAAGAGUACGACACGGACGGCAUCCACUACCCUGCGUGCGGCCGGCGCUCUAGGGUUUACCUGAUCAUUUCGGCGGAUGUUGGGAAUCCUGAGAAUCAAGACGGUGUAUGCGAGAGUCCACAUCAUGAUGAGCCUUCCCACAAUGGAAAGCCACACGACGGUCAGCCCCACGACGGGAAGCCACAUGAUGGAGGGUCGCCCAAUGAUAAGCCUCACCCCGACCAGCCCUCUCACCACGGGCAGCCCUCUCACCACGGGCAGCCCUCUCACCACGGCGGGCUCCCUCACCACGGCGGGCUCCCUCACCACGGCGGGCUCCCUCACCACGGCGGGCUCCCUCACCACGGCGGGCUCCCUCACCACAGCGGGCUCCCUCACCACGGCGGGCUCCCUCACCACGGCGGGCUCCCUCACCACCACAAACUCCAUGAUGGCACACCUUCUCACGACAAGAAGCGUUCCCGUGAUUAA